AUGGACGAAUCUGACAAGAAGCAGUCUCAACUGGAUCGUGACAUUGCGGCCAAGCAACGGGCGGCAGCUCCCACUGGAAGAACAGUGCGGCCUGGCGCUUACGCGGCGCCGCCUGAUGAAGCCACUCACCUCGAUAGUAGAAUCGCAGCCAAGCAAAAUGGAGCGACCAUGAACACCCCAUCUCAAGUGCUCACUGCAGCUGUGGUUCCUGCCUCUGCAGCUGUGCGGCCCGGAGCCUUUUCAGCUACACCAGAUGCGGUUUCCCAGUUGGACAAUAGGAUUGCCGCCAAGCAGAAUGCUAUGGCACCUCCAGCACCGGCUGCAAAGAAGAGUCCGGCCACAAGCAGUCCAAGUGCAGCUGCCCCUGCAACUGCCGCAGCUGUUCGGCCGGGGGCCUUCUCGGCUCCACCCGGGGAACUUUCGGAACUGGACACCAGAAUUGCAGCCAAGCAGAGGGCUGCUCGUCCUCCUGCCCCAAUGAAGGCCCCACCGUCCUCAAGUACAAGUGCAGCAGCCCCCACAGCCGCGGUGACCGCAGCUGUUCGCCCUGGCGCCUUUUCCGCUCCACCAGACGGACUUUCGCAGUUGGAUAGCAGGAUUGCUGCCAAGCAGAAUUCAAUGGCUCCCCUACCACCACCUGCUAAGAAGAGUCCACCGCCUAUCAGUACAAGUGCAGCUGCUCCUACUAUGGUGGCAGCUGUUCGACCAGGUGCUUACUCGGCUCCACCAGACCAACUUUCUCAGUUGGACAACAGGAUUGCAUCCAAGCAAAAGGCAUUCAAUCCUGCACCUGUUGCACCUGCCGCUGCAAUGAAAAGUCCUCCAUCUCCAGGUCAAAGCGUCGACACUGGAAUGCAGGCCAAGGAAAGGGAAAAGCAACUUCGGAGGCAACAAAUCAGCCAGCGAAGCCUCAUGUCAGGAGCAUCACUUCCCUCUCCCAAGAAAAGCCCACCAUCCCCUGGGAAGAGUGUUGAAACCGGAAUGCAAGCUAAGGAAAGAGAAAAGAAUCUUCGUAGACAGUAUCUGAGCCAACGGAGCCUCAUGUCAGGGGCAUCGAGUGUUGCAUCUGCUCCUGUUAUGAAGAGUCCCCCCUCUCCGAAACCAACAGCAGAACAGGCCAAGGAAACAGAGAGGCAACUACGCAAGGAACAUCUCAGUGACCGAAGUCUCAUGUCAGGGCUGUCGGAUUCCAGUGCUGGUGCUUCUCGAAAACGAACACAAACAGCAGAGCAGGCCAAGGAAAGCGAGAGGAAACUACGCAAAGAACGUCUCAAAGCAGAAGCUGACGACGCCGUCUCGCAGAAGGUUGGCGCCUACUCUUCUACUGCUGGCUCGCAAGUGCCGCAAAAGGCUAAUCAACGUCCACAGGAACAGUUUCACGACGAAGAUGAUGUCGAUUCGGCCUGCUUCGUGCCGGCACAACAACCAGCUCCUUCCUAUCAUCUAACCCAACAGCCGGAGAGGGCACCUUCCUAUCGCCUGACCCCACAGCCAGAAGUAGCCCCGUCUUAUCAGCUCUCCCCACAACCAGAACCAUUGCCGGAAGAGGCACCCUUGAUGAGUACGUACAGAGAAGAAUCGUCAUCCCCAGUAGACCCCGGUUUGAACCUGGUGGAAGCUACACUGGUUGUGGAAGAAAUGGUGGAGGCGACCGUAGCUACACCCAUGGAAUUUCAGCCGGAUGAGGUCAUGAAGAUUCGAGAACAGUCAGCCAAGGAAACAGCUCGCAUCAGGAUGUGGCGGAUUGUUGUCUCUAUUGCGCUCCUGGCCACUGCUAUUGCGGUCACCACCUCCACCUAUUUCCUGCUUGUGGAACGAGAGGAUCAGAAUUUCCGAACAGUCUACGCUCAGUUUGCCACCACAGUUGCAGAUGCUGCUGUUGAUUUCCAAUCUACUCUUCGACGCUCUCUACGCAGCUUUGCUGACAAUGUCGCAGCACAAGCUGAGGCGGCUGGCCAAGGGACCAGCCCUUGGCCCUUCUAUGUUGUGGACAAGUGGGAGACAAUGGGACGUGGUUUCAAACAAGUUUCCAAUGCGGAGUUUAUUGCUAUUCAAAACUAUGUCACCCAUGAUCAAAGGGACGAGUACAUUGACUUCAUUACUCCACUUUACCAGACCUUUGUCAAGGAAGCUCACAUGGAAGCUUACGGGAACUUGGACUUCCUCAACAAUGACACUGCAAACUAUCAGCCCUAUAUCGCACAAAAGCUUAAGAAUGGAUCUUUUGUUCCAGACAUUGAUCGCGACUUUUACUUCUGUCGAACAACACAAUCGCCUCCAGCGCGAAAGUAUGGGCCCACCAUCAACAACAAUCUGAUUGUUAAUAAGGUUAUUGGGAAUGGGUUUGCUGCUGUCAUGAAACUCCACAAUGAGCUCGUAUUCACUACCAUCAAACCGUUUGCCAAUGUCCCUGCAGAAGAGCAUGCUAAGAUGCACUCUAAUGGUGCAGAGGGUGCCAACAAUCCUCACUCCUUCACAUUCCACCCUGUUCAUCGGGUCGCAGGGAAUCAAUCAUCAGACAUUGUGGCAAUGUUUGCUGUUGCAACUGCUUGGGACUUUUCCAUGCAGAAUCUUCUCCCAGACAAUGUCAAGGGAAUGUUUUGUGUGCUGCAAAACACCUGUAACCAAACUGUUACGUAUCGAAUUGAUGGAGGCAAUGCUACAUACCUGGGUGACGGUGACCUCCGACCCUCGGAAUUCGACGACAUGGGUCUUUUUGUGGAUUUGAACUUACAAACCCACCCUGACGCUCGAAGCACUCCUGGUCAUUGUAUGUACUCCAUGAAGAUCUACCCGAGCAAAGCCUUCGAGAGUGACUACAAAACCAACACACCAGCGAUUUACGCUGGUGUUGUUGCGGGAACCUUUGUCUUGAUUGCUAUCACGCUCCUCCUUUAUGACGGGACCGUGACGCAGCGAAAUGAAAAGAUGAUUUUCCAGGCUGCCAAAACAAACGCAAUUCUUGCGAAGUUUGUUCCAGAUCAUCUUCGUGACAGAAUCAUGGGCUUUGAUCCAAAGGGAAGUGUUGGAGGCGAACGGCGAGGGUCGCAAGAGUUCAACCCUGGCUUGAUGGACGGCAGCAAAGUUGAUGAGAUGGCCAUGGCCAAAAGUAUGGCGAAGAGCAUGUCAAAUAGCAGGAUGAUGUUUUCGAGCAGUGUUGUGGAUCACGCGAGGAGGGCGGAUCUGGAUGUGUGA